AUGUCUUCCCCAUCUCAGAACAAGAGGUCAUCAGCCACCACACCAGAAAUGGGGAGGUCAGAAGAAACAUAUGACCCUGAGUCUCUGGAAACUGUCCCCCAUAAUUCACAGUCACCCACAUUUGAUGGUGACCAGAGGAAUUUACAACUGAAAAAUGAUCUAGCUCCAGUUUGCAUUCCACAAGCUAGAGCAGAUGAGGGCUCUAGUUCUUCUCAUCAACCAAAUGAAUACAACGUGCAUCUCCGACUCAAGCGAACCUUGAGCUAUAUUAUCUCAACAUAUACUACAGAGAUGAGAUCCACGCAAGCUGCAGGGCAAAUGGUCAUAAAAGCAGAACCCAUAUCUUGCGUUCGGAGUGUUCAAGAGGAAAAUUUAAAAAGAAAACGAGUAGCCACCACUUCGGUUGGUGAGAUUGUUGUCGAAUCAUUCGUACUUCCCCAAUAUUUAAGCCUCGAUUGUCUGGACCUGGAGAAUGUAAAGCACUUCACUUUACUUCCGAUGGAUGAGGAGCUCUAUGCAAGUAUUGUGCAUAGAACACGAAAAUAUUCUUUCGCUCAAAGGCUCCGUGGCUGGAAACUUGAGCGCAGACAAAGAUCCACAUUAAUGUGUGACAUGUACUACAGGCACCAGGAAUCCAAUAUCUUUUUCAGAUCAAAUACUGAAGUUGUAAACUUCAUACUUUAUGAAGCAAAACCACAAGAUAAGCGAACAACAAAACGAAAGGCGCAAAGGAUUGCUGAUUCAGCUGAGACGUCUGAGCAAGGGAGGAGGAAAAGAUUAACGACGCCAACAACGCGGAAGGGGCGACGAGAGGCUGAUCAUUGUGAAAGCAGCUAUUCCGUUGGAUCUCUAUUACAAGCAGCGGUGGCAUUGCUUCAGUUGUCCUUGGAUGAACAAAUCCAUACCGGCCCAUCUGCUCCCCCAACUGCUGUUUCACAUGAACCUGAAAGAGAAUGGAACCAAGCAACUAUCAUCCCUCUGGAUGGUCAUGCCAACAACAACCCUGAUGUGAGCCAUCCGGUGGAUGCCGAGCCGAACCCUAGCCCUGAUCAGCGGGAAGACCAACCCGAAAACCGGGACGUCAACCCUCCUGUGGAAAGUACUGAACCAAACCCUAAGGCGCCUGUUGAUGGCCUGAAUGCUAGUGAUCAAGCAGAACCCAAUGGUGGAGAUGAGGAAGGAGUUCGGAAGGUCGAGGCAAACGACACUACAACCGUUGAUGAGGAUGAGAACCUGUUCAAGGGACUAGAACCCUUAGAUUGGAACAUGAUUUAUUUACCAGACAAGCCAGAAAUCCCGGAUCUCAACUCUCAUGUCGACAGUACUGAACCAAACCCUAGGGCGCCUGUUGAUGGCCUGAAUGCUGGUGAUCAAGCAGAACCCAAUGGUGGAGAUGAGGAAGGAUUUAAGGAGGCCGAGGCAAACGACCCUACAACCGUUGAUGAGGAUGAGAACCUGUUCGAGGAACUAGGACCGUUAGAUGGCAGAAUUUUUUAUUUACCUGAACUUUAG